GGACAUCGCCCAGGAAGCAGCAGAGUACUUAAGUGCAAACAGGGACCAGCUUGGCCCCCAGAGCUACAUGGAAGUCCUGGAGAGGUUUGCUAUGUGGGUGCAGGCAGCUGAUGAGGAGCUCUGCACUGGACAGUCGGGCCACAAUGAGAAGGAGGUGCAGCUCGGACGAAAUUCAGGCGAUGAAGGUGGUCUGAGGCUGCUGGAUGAGAAGAUCACACAGGCUCUGGCUAACAUGGAUUACCCUGAGCAGUGGAAAACCCCUGAUAGUCAGCCUAGAGAAGCUGCUGAACCCCAUCCCAAAGAAACCCUCCUUCACCUUGCAGUGCGUUUGGGUUUGGUCCACCUCGCACGUUUCUUAACUCACCAACCGAGAGGCCAAAGGACGUUGACUUUACCCAACGAGGACGGAGACACACCGCUCCAGCUGGCCCAGAAGGACGGACAGCAUGACAUGUUUAGGGUGCUGGCAGCUCCUCCAGGUGCUGGAGUCGGCCCUGUUCCCGGUGUGCGCUGUGUUUGGUCCGACAGCUCCUCCGUGCUAAGGUUUUGUCCUGGGACGGACUCCCUGACCCUCACUCUGCUCCAGACUCCUGGUGGCUUCCCUGAGGACAGCAUCAUGGUCCUGCGAGAAAGACUAGGAGACCACAGUGUCCUCAAGCUGAUCAAUGUGCUCAGAGCUGAUACUGAGGUAGACAAGCGAGAAGAUGAAGGCCUUCUGAGUGAUAAAGGCGUCAGCAAGGAGCUCCACGUGGAGGAGCAUGUUCUGGUGGACAAUGUUUUUGAGGAACAGCUUGUUCUGUCUUUGGAUGACGACGAAGAUGAAGAAGAGUACCCAUCAUCAUUAUCUGUAAAUGAGCAUCCGAUGCAGUCCAGUGGGGGCCAGAGCCAGUUCACCCAGCCGGCUGCAGACCCUCCUCUCUCCAUGAACAACAGCAGCGAUCAGAGCAUCACACAGCAGACCCAGGGCGAUGAUGGUAAAUACGGUGUCAGCGGAGUGACAAGUGACAGCACAGGGACGGAUGGUGGUUUAUGGGACACGGUGGACUCAGAGGAUCUACUUCUGGCCACCGACACUCCUCCACCGUAUUCAGAAGACUACUCUCCCUCUGUGACCGGCUCUCCCCCGCUCUCCCCCGUCAUCCAGGCCCUCACCAGGCUCACCCGUCCCGCCUCCUCUGAGCUGAUCGAUCAGAGGGACAGUCCGCCGAUGGACACCUGCGACCUCAGUCCCAGUCUGGUGGCUCUGGAAGUAGACAGCGAAGAAGACCGCACCGAGCCAAAGUGUCUUCUGUCCCCGCUGUCAUCAGACGUUGAGAAAAGCGAAGACAAAAGGGAAAUCUUUCGUCCCUCUCCUGAUCUUACUUGCACUCGCAGCCAGUCUGCCUCGGCAUGUGAACCCAUCUCAAAUGAACUGGGUGACCAGGGGAUUCGAUUGCGCUCCUAUUCCUACUCGUCCUCCAAAAUCAGCUUGCGUCCAGCUCGUCUUGCUCGGGACAGCCGCACCUCAGACAUCAGCCCUGAUGCCGUCCUCCACAGUGUCAGCCACAGCCGAUCUCUCCUUCAGGCCCUCUCUCUGUCUAAAUCUCUGUCUCUGCUCCACCCUGGUAAGCAAAGAGCCACCAGUAUAUCAGAUCAGCCACACGAGAAAAGAAUCGAAGAGGAGGAGUUGGAUAAAUACAACAUCCCAACUAAGGCAGAGUCGGAAAAGUACAAAGUCAUUCGCACCUUCAGUUUUCUCAAGAGCAGGAUGUCCAGUACACGCAACAAGACCAAGGGGAAAGGGAAGGACAGAGAAGCAAAGGACAGGCAGCUGAAUGGACACCGCUUUGCGACAGGCUCCUGUUUAGGCCCCACAAUGUGUGUGGUGUGUGACAAAGCAGCCUCUGGAAAAGACCUCCUGCAUUGCUCCAGUUGCACCGCCAUUGUUCAUAAGGGCUGUAAGGAAUCGCUGCCCCCAUGUUUAAAGAAACUUCAGGAUAAAUAUGCCGUGACCAUGGUGAAGAACAGAACAGCAUCCCUCCCACAGAACUUCACAGUGAGAGAUAGUUCUCCUCAGUCCGUCAUCCCCAUUUCUACCUCUCUACCUGUCAUGACCCCUAAGGAGAGGAAAGACGCCGUGACACAGCCGGGCUCUCUCUCUGGAAGUGUCCCCAACAGUGACAGUCGGCUCAGUGAGAGUUCAGAGACAGAGUCUGAUGCUCCGAAGCCGACCAGCCAAUCAGAAGAGCUCCUGUCCACGCUGGUGUCCUCCACCUCCACCGACUCAUCCUUUGGAGAGGACUCUGUGGACUCGUAUAUCCACAGUGACAUCUCAACUGAUUCUGUAGAUUACCAGGCUGAGUCGUGGAGUUUGACGGUGGAGCACAAGUUCUGCAAGAAGCAGGACAAACGAGCUGUCAAGAGGCAGGAUGUUGUCUAUGAGCUGAUGCAGACUGAGCUUCACCACCUGCAGACUCUACACAUCAUGGCCGAGGUUUUCCGGCGAGGUAUGAAAGAAGAGGUGCAGCUGGACACUGAGGCUGUGGAGCGGGUCUUCCCCUGUCUGGACCAGCUGCUCCUCUUCCACCACGCCUUCUUCGCCGCCAUGAAGGAACGGCGGCACAACUCAGCGCAGCCCCAGGGACACAGGAACUACCUCAUCCAGCGAAUAGGAGACUUGUUGCUUCAACAGUUUUCGGAGGAGAACGGUGAAAAGAUGAAGCAGGUCUACGGAGAAUUCUGCACUCGUCAUAAUGAAGCGGUCAGCUUUUUCAAGGAGCUCCAGCAGCAUAACAAGAGAUUCCAGAGCUUCAUUAAGCAACAAGGCAGCAAUUCUUUGGUGCGACGGAGGGAGAUCCCAGCAUGCAUCUUGCUGGUAACGCAGAGGAUUACUAAGUACCCGGUGCUGCUGGAGAGGAUCCUACAGUAUACGCAAGAGGAAACCGUGGAGCAUGCAGAGCUUUCAAAAGCCCUGGUUCAGAUUCGAGAGGUGAUAGCAGCUGUUGACCUGAGGGUCAGUGAAUAUGAACAGCACCAGAGGUUACUAGAAGUGUGGAACCGCAUAGAGAAUCGCAGCACGGCCAAGCUGAAGAACGGACACACCUUCCGCAAGCAAGAUAUGAUGAGACCGGGACAAGAACUCAAACACAAGGGCGUGCUGCUGUGGAAGACGGCCACCGGGCGACUUAAAGAUGUCCUGGCGCUGCUUCUCACAGACACACUCAUCUUCCUGCAAGAAAAAGACCAGAAAUACACAUUUGCCACUGUGGACCAGAAGCCUCCAGUCAUUGCACUGCAGAAGUUAAUAGUUCGGGAAGUGGCAAACCAAGAGAGGGGCAUGUUUUUGAUCAGCGCUUCGGCGGCCGGGCCAGAAAUGUACGAAGUCCACACGUCAUCCAAAGAGGAGCGAAUCACCUGGAUGGGGCUCAUUGAAGAGGCCGUAGAAAGCUGUCCGGAGGAAGAAGAGGAAUACACAAGUGAAUCUGAGGAGGAGAAGCGAGCUGCUGAGGCUCCCGAGAACCUGAAAACCACAUUGUCAUCCAAGACUUGUUCUCCGUCAGGUGACAUCCAGGAUUCUGACACAGACUCUGUGUUUCCUGUAAGCCCUGCUACACCUGUAGAGCCGACUUCAGAACCUUCCGAGGCCUCACCUGAAAACCCCGAGGCCAGCGAGCCUGAGGCUGUGGUGCUGCGGUCGACGGUUGACUCUCUGAAGACGGAUGGUGACAUUGACUUCAAGGUUGCUCAAAGUGUCCAGAAUCUGACUCAGUUGCUGUACAGCCUGCAGGCGGCGGUGACCAUCCAGGACAGCUGGUAUGAGGUCCAGAAGCUCCUCCUCCAGGAGAGUGGGCGCCCGUCGCCCCGCGCCCAGCGCCUGCACCUCUCGAGCAUCCGGGGCAACACCCUACAGGAACAGGAAAAGCAACGGAACCUGGAGAAGCGGAAGGAGGAGGUGGCGGCGGCUCAGCGGCUCCAGGACCGACUGCGCCAAGACAAGGAGCGGUGGGAGCGGGAGUGCCAGGCCAGAGAGAGCCAGCAGGAGGAGCAGGAGAGCAGGCUGGAGGAAAGGGAGAAGCAGUGCCAGUUGGCGGCGGAGAAGCUGAGGCGGGAGAGGGAAGAGCUGGAUGAACAACUGGAGGAGUACCAGCAGAGCCUGGAGCGGCUCAGGGAGGGUCAGAGGAGCGUGGAGAGGGAGCGCGAGCGUCUGGAAAGCCAGCAAAAGCUGUUCCAGACCUGGAAGCACGGACGGCAGAGCAGCCUGCCCGUGGUGAUCCCUCACAUGGUCAUCCCUCUAGACGGGCAGCAGGACUCGGCACCGACUCAGUCCAGAGACCACGCCGGUAACGGCUCCGUGUUUGUGAACGAAGCUGCGUUCGCCAGCACCAGCAUCAACAACCGGCACAUCCACCACAAAAGAAACGACCCCAGUGCACACAACUGUCUGAACUCGCUGCUGGCCAGAUCCAGCGGCAGACAGCCUCCUAUGGUUAAGACUCCCCACGGCCAACACUCAGACUCCCAGGAAUGGGUGCUGGAGACAGGGUACCUCUAUGGCCCUGCAGGGAGGCUCGGGCUGCAGCACACAACCAGCGAUCACAGCUAUAACGGGGGGAGCUGGUCGUCAACAGCAAGCGGAGCUGACCCGUAUCCGGCGCUCCCGCAUCCCGGUGACCCUCAGCUGGACCUCAGCGAGCUGGUUUCCUUGGAGACUGACAGUGGCGGGGAGGAGGGCAGGGAGGAAACCAUUGUGUACCUCUGAACGUUGAUAAAUUUCAGACUCUUAAAAGCCAACCUGGUGAAAGAUGAGACAUUUAUUGAACAUCAGUGCUGGACUGGGCCGGCUUCAGAAGGCAUUUCUGCUUUUUAGAUUUCUCUUUGGUCUAGCUUUUUUGUAUUUUUUUGUCGUAGAGAGUUACUGGAAACACGGAAAGAGAGAAACAGAGAUUUAAAAAAAAAACACACACACUCUCUGUGUCACAUAUGUCAUGCACCUUAGCUGGAGGCACCGCUGGGUGUUCAAUGUCUCCUUUUCUAUUUUCUUGGUGUGUGUGUGUGUGUGGUCAUAUAUUGACUGUCUAGUCCCCUGCAGCCACAAUUUCCCCCCUUUUUUGUUUCCUACUGUCUCUCCCUCGCUGCCUUUCUUCGGGUCCCACACAUCUCGUCCCUCGAGCUCUAUAUUUAUUAAGUUUGCCGCUGAGGGAGAAAAAACAUAUACUACAUAUCAGCGAAGCAUCUGGCUGCAUCUCUCUCGUGGGUGAUUGUCUUGCCAUGGAGUAAACUGCCCCCUUUCAUUUAUCAGACAGGUGCUGUUUAUUUACAAGCCGAGCAUAAUGUGGAGAACAUUAGAGUUGAAGGAUGAGGAGCGACAGCGUCAGUUCCAUGGUUUUCAGACUCGCUGCCUGUAGCCAUAACUUCUGUCUUUUUUAAAAAAAAUCUGAAGCAUGUUUUUUUUUUUUUUAAAAGAAGUACGCACAGAUAUGGUUUUAAGAGAGACGUUGCAAGUUGUGCUAAUGUGUCAGUUUUAUCAAGUAGGAGAAAUGUCAAACUUGAGAAAAAGAACAUUUUCCUGCAGAAUGUAAAAUGAAGCUGUAGAGUCGGAGAAUAAACAUGAGAGAAAUGUGCCGGCUAACAUCGUUUUUAGCACUAAAGUCAUGUUUUAUUGUCGCUCUAAGAAUGGUUAGUGUAUCAAUCAUUCCACCACUCUGGUUUUGACUGAAAUAUCCUUUAAACUGGUGGAUGGAUUGACGUUAAAGUUUGUGAAGACAUUUACGGUCCCCUAAGGAUAAAUCCUGUUUGACAUUUGUGGUUUUGCCUGAAAUGUCUUGACAAUGAUUGGAUGGAUCGUCAUGACAUUUGGUACAAACAUUAAUAAUCCCCUCAGGAUAAAUUGUAAUAAGUGUGGCGAUCCGUCAACUUUUCAUCUCGCGCCAUGUUCAGGUCAAACAUUUAAAUUGUACUUUGGUUUGUGGACGAGUCCCUGCUAAGGCAGUUUCAUUUCCAUCAGCUUCGCCUCCACUUUGUGUUGAGUGCUGAUUUGCUAAGACAACAAACAAGGUGAAUAUAGUACUUGAUAAACAUUACCAUUUUAGCACUAUCAUUCGAACAUUUUAGCAUCCUGACACUUGCAUUUAGCUUGAAGCACUACAGUGCUUAAAAUACAGCCUCACUGAGCUGCUGGCAUGUAGAUAGUUAUUUUCAUUUUUUAUUUGUUGUUGUUUUACUUCAUAGAAAAAAUCCCAUCAAGCCUUACAGGGUGGAAAAUGUUCUGAGAAUAUCAAAGUGCCCAGAACAAUAUAAAGUUGCGUUAUGGAUGCUGUUGUGUUUAAUGCUGAACUCUUACACUUGAACAUUAAUGUAGCAUAUUUAAGCUACAUAUUAUCUCUCAUGAGCAUUUUUCUGUAAAGAGAUCCCUGUGCCAAUGCUUUAGGUGUUUCGAACACUAUUAAAGUUAAAUUGGUUUAAGUGCUAUUGUAAUUUCCCAGUAGGACAGUAAAGCAGUGGCAGUAUUCUGAUGUGAUUUGAGUACUGUGUAUAUACAAUGUCUGUGCUUUUAUUUAUUUAUUACAAAAGAGACUUAAUGUUUUACUGUGCUUUGUGAAGGGUUGCAUUGUACAUAGACGCGUACCUGUAUAAACAGAUGAACAGGUGUGUUUUCUUGUUGUGAGCUCAUGCGUUAUAUAUAUCCAGACAUGGCUGUGUUGAUAAAAAUUACCUUUAAUGAACUUGGAA